AUGGUUUUUUUUUAUCACAGAGAUCAUCAAACUCAGAAGCCCUGACUCAGUAAGCUCUCAGUGCCACACGCACACAACCAUGUCCUGCAAAAUCACCUCCCAGGACGAGCCCUCCAUCAGCAUGUUUGCCUGGAUCAGCCCUGGUAGGGCGACUCUGUGUGAGCUAGACGAGAAUGGGGGAGUCGUUGUCAGCGACAGCGCAGUGAGCUGCACAUACAGAGACAAACAACUGGACCUGACCAUCCGUCACACCAAACCGAUCCACGAGGGACGGUAUAUUUGCAAGCUGCGCUCCAAUUUAGGAGGAAAGCAUUCCUACACGCAACUGAAACUACAAGAGUGCCACAACCAGCUCCAUUACCACAUUCUUGAUGGCAAUGUGACCUGCGGGGCGAGAGGAGUUUACCCAGAGGCCCACAUCCACUGGUUCCAGGGACCCCAGAACCUCACCCACUCCUCAGUCUCCCAUCCCAGCAUACCGGCUGAGGAUGGCACCUUUGAGGUAGCCAGCACCCUUCCCCACCAACACCAGUCGGCUUUGAACUGUUCCCUGUGGUCCCCCAGCACUGGCAGGUUGCUCAGCAGCAUACAGAUGUCUCCACCGGCGUCCCCUCCACAGUCACGAGACACAUUCUCCAGGGCAACAUCUUUUGGAGCUGUUGGGACAACCGUGACACUUUUUGCAGUAGCACUCAUUCUAUUGUAAAUAUGUUGUUUUAGAAAGUUGUAUUCUUUGUGCAUAAAAUGAGAUUGUCUGCUAAUUGACUGAAUGUAAAUGUAAAUGACUGAGUAGUAUGCGACAUCAAGUGUCGUAACUAGUUCUGAUUUUCUACGGACAGGUCUGAAUGUGUUAAUUUUGUUCACAGCCGAUGUCUCUAUGCUGUAGCUCAGUAUCACAAGGGUAGUGAUGGUGGAUACUGAAGUAGAUCCUGUACUUUUUUUUGCUGUACAACACUGACCCCUGCUGGUUGGAAUACACAUUCAAAAAUCAUUUCUGAUUUGCAGGUGCAAUCAGAAAGAAGACUGAAUACAUUUCUCACUUGUUUGCAAACAUACAGUAGAAAUUAGAAUAGUUAAAAUGCCUAAAAUUAUCCUUUUAGAUCAUAAAACUAAAAAGGCAUUAAAAAUAAGAUCUGGAAAAUCGUGGUGGAGCACAUGUGAAUAUGUACUAAGAAACACAAGUGAGUUGAGCACUUAAAAAGACCAUUAGACGCCCAAGUGCCACGGUACGACACACGUGUAAAACGAUGUGAGAGAUAAGUGCCUUUCUCGCGUUUGCACUUUUGUUUUGUCAAACAGGACCAUUCUUCCGGCAGAAAUGUCCUCUGAACUGUCCCUGAGAUGCUCCUGGACUUAACACCUUUUACAAAAACCUCUCUUGACCCAGUAUCAAAGCAGCACACUCACCUCUUCAGGUCUAAUGUGUGUCUGUCAUGCAUAUUCACACACACACACA